AUGCAGAUCACUACCAAUGCGACUCGUAUAAAUCAAGGCAUCGCCGAGAAACUAACGCUCCUAGUGCAGGGGCUCGCGAGGUUCUUCUCGGCCUUCAUUGUUGCGAUUUCCGUGCAAUGGAAACUGGCGUUGAUUGUGAUGAGUGUCAUUCCCCUAAUGUUCCUGGUGUUUGCCAUCUGUAUGGGAUCCAGUGCUCGGGUCGAGGCCAAGAUAGCUCAAACCUAUUCGGAGGGAGCGGCCCUGGCUCAAGAGGUACUCUCUUCUGUUCGGACGAUUCACGCUUUCUGGGCCCAAUCCCGAAUGCUAUCAAGGUACGAUGAAUACCUCACCCUCGCUCACAGAUACGGAAGGAGUAAAACAGUGGUCACGGGGAUCUUCGCAUCGACCACUUACUUCUGUGUCCAUUCGGGCACCGCCCUGGCCUUCUUGCAGGGCAAUCGAAUGUCACUGAAUGGCGAGAUCGAAACCGCUGGCAAGGUUAUAACUGUUGUCCUCACCAUUCUCAUGGCCUCGUCCGCUAUGGGCCUUAUCUUCCCACAGUUAGAAUCCAUCAACCACGCCGCAGCCGCCGCGUCGGAGCUCUUUCAGAUCAUGGACAAGCCUUCAGAACUCGAUCCGCUGUCCGAGGAUGGGGUACAACUAACCUCUUGCCAGGGGAACAUUGUCUUCCAUGGAGUCGAUUUCUCCUACCCUUCACGUCCGACGGCCCAAGUUUUGCGAAGCCUUACCUUGUCUAUUCCGGCCGGCCAGUCUACGGCUUUGGUCGGGGCCAGUGGGUCGGGCAAGAGCACUGUUGUCGGGCUAUUGGAGCGUUGGUAUAGUCCAAGCAGCGGGUACAUCACUCUCGACGGGAUCGAUAUUGCUGAACUAAACACGAGGUGGCUUCGAAGUCAGAUCGCUUUGGUUCAGCAGGAACCCAUCUUAUUCCAGGAAACAAUAUUUGAAAAUGUCGCCAAAGGCUUCGUUGAAUCCCAGAAACUGUUGGGCCAUGCGAAACAAUUCGCGCUUGUGCGAAAAGCUUGCUGCGACGCUUACGCUGACGAGUUCAUCCGGAAUCUUCCUGGGGUAUGA